AUGGAACAAGGUGGAUUACAGGUGAAUAUGUCAACGACAGAAGGAAUGGUGAGCAGUAGAACAGGCCGAGAAGAAAUGAAUCUAAGAUCAGGAGACGGAAGAAGAAACCAGCAAAUUACUGAAUUCAAGUACUUAGGGUCAGUGUUUACAGCUAAAGGAGGAACAGAAAAGGCGGUGAGACAGAGAGUAAAAGAAGUCUGGAAGAAGUGGAAAGAUGUGACUGGAGUUGUACUGGAUAAGAAGAGACCACUGAAACUUAAGACGAAGGUCUAUAAGACUGUCUUGAGACCUGUCCUCAUAUAUGGGGAAGAGACUUGGGCCUUGAGAAGGAAGGAGGCGAAUUUGCUGGAGAGGACCGAGAUGCGAAUGAUUCGAUAG